AUGGCUUUGAUGGACGAUCUUCUUUUGGCUGCAUCAACAGGAUCUACUUUAUUUAAUUUAUUAGUGAUAUUUUGUGCUUUCCGUUUAUUUAAAAGAAGUGGGGAUACAAUGCAUGUAUUCAUUAUUAUUUUUUGUCAUCCAAAUGAAUUUUUAAUAAGAAAACAUGCAUUUCUUCGGCAUGUUCACCUUUGUGCCAUAAUACACUAUUGUAACUGGUUAGGGCUAGCAGUUUCUGGAUUAUCACUAACAUUAUUAAAUGUCGAUAAAUUAAUUUACUUUCGAUGGCCACUUUCCUACGAACGUGCAAUGUCUAAAAGGAGGGCUGUUUGUUUGUGUGUCGGUGUUUGGGGGGUUUCUUUAGGUUUUGUUUCCUAUGUUUGGUUGGAAAAUAUUGUUUUUGUUACAACUGAUUGUAUGCUACAAAUGGCUGAUAAUUCCAAAUAUUUUUAUGAAAUAUUUAUGAUUUUAUUUUGUGUUUUACCUGUCAGUUCUUCUUUAGUUGUUAGUACUUAUUUAUUUAGACUAACAAGACAAAAAUUAAAUUCACCUAUUGGCCCAACAAGUCAAGCUGCUAAUGUUGAUAUGCCUACUUUUAAAAGCAAAUUAAAAUCCCUCGUAUUUAUUUUUGCAACAACAGCUUGGACUUCAUUCUCUUUAUUGCCAUAUAGAAUAUUUAAUAUUUGUAGAAUUCACUUAUUUGAUUGGCCAAAUAUUGGGUGUGAACAAAGGGUUAUUAUGAAUUGGAUUGCUUGGAUAUUGCUAUAUUUAUUGACUUUAAAUCCUAUAGUAAAUCCAUUAAUUACAACACUUAUUUAUGCUCCCUAUCGUUUACAUUUAAAGAGAUUAUUGUUACACAUUCCACGUGGUAAUAGACUUCAAUAUAGUGCUUAUACAAGGGAUGCUAAUACAGAAAAUAGUCAAAUAACUGUUCGACGUGGACGUCGCCGUCGUGGUGUUUCUAAUACCGGUGGAACAGUUGAUAAUCAACGCUUAUUACUUUCUUCAAAUAAAAAUAUUAAUGAUGAUAUUAAAACAACAAACAGACAAACAAACAAUACAAUAACUAGUAGUUGUUGUGGGGAUUCCUCAACAACAACAUCAACAUCUUCUAGACAUUUACCUCCAUCUAUACCUCUAGUUAAUAUUGAUGGAAAUUCUUCUAUUAAAAGAGAAUUUUCAUCUUCAGCAGAUGCCCCUUUAUCAGCAAAAUCUUCCUGUGCAAAUUCUAGUACAAAUUCUUCGUCUGCAAAAUCGGCAAUGUUAAAUGGAACUGCUACAAUUUCACCAAAAUUUGUUUUUGUUGACGAAGAAGAAAAUGAUAAUAAUAAUGAUUAA